UUUUUAAGAUCUAAUUUUACCUAUCAUUCCACAACGAAGCCUUCCCUAUCUACCCACAUUCUAAUUCUAAGUAAUUCCCCGGCGUAUAUGUAUAUAUACAUAUAUAUACUCCAUGCAAAACUAAUAUAUCUUGUUGCCAUAUUUAUCUUUUAAAUUCAAACCCCACCAAAAAUUAAUUUAGUGGGAGCUUAUUACUCCAAUGGAAGAAUCCACUCAUGAAAUCACAUCCCCUCUAUUAUCCAAGGAUGAUGCGAGAGGUAGAGACAUCAGCAGCAAACCAUCUUCAUCUUCAUCACAGGAAGCCAAGCUAUUAUCAAAAUCUAAUAAACCAGAGGUUGAGGAGGUUGACCCGGAAGAGAACUCGCCGGUGGAACAAGUAGCUCUGACGGUACCAACCACAGACGAUCCCACCCUCCCUGUCUUAACGUUCCGAAUGUGGGUUCUAGGUAUCUUAUCGUGCGUCCUCCUCUCGUUCCUGAACCAGUUCUUCUGGUACCGCAAAGAGCCGCUCUCCAUCACAUCCAUCUCGGCCCAGAUAGCCGUGGUUCCACUGGGGCAGCUUAUGGCUUCCAAGAUCACAAACAGAGCCUUCUUCAAAGGGACAAGGUGGGAAUUCUGUUUAAACCCAGGUCCAUUCAACGUCAAAGAGCACGUGCUCAUCACCAUUUUUGCCAACUCCGGAGCAGGGACGGUGUAUGCCAUUCAUAUUGUGACGGUGGUUAAGGUUUUUUAUAAGCAACAUCUCACCUUUUUUGUCUCCUUCCUUGUUGUUAUUACAACUCAGGUUUUGGGCUUUGGAUGGGCAGGGAUUUUCCGAAGGUACUUGGUCGAACCGGCGGCGAUGUGGUGGCCGGCAAAUUUGGUUCAGGUUUCAUUGUUCAGGGCUCUCCACGAGAAAGAAAAACGGCCCAAAGGGGGUUUGACACGUACCCAGUUCUUCCUGAUUGCCUUCAUAUGCAGCUUUGCUUACUAUGUCUUCCCUGGCUAUCUCUGUCAAAUGCUAACCUCUCUCUCUUGGAUAUGCUGGAUCUUUCCCAAAUCUGUCCUGGCCCAACAACUAGGGUCGGGUCUGUAUGGGCUUGGGAUUGGUGCUUUAGGGCUUGACUGGUCCACCAUCUCUUCCUACCUUGGAAGCCCACUUGCAAGCCCAUGGUUUGCCACAGCCAACGUUGCUGCGGGAUUUUUUAUCGUCAUGUAUAUUUUAACACCCUUGUUUUAUUGGUUCAACGUCUACAAAGCCAGAACCUUCCCAAUAUAUUCCGACGAACUUUUCAAAUCCAACGGCCAAGAAUACAAUAUCACUGCCAUCAUUGAUUCCAAUUUCCAUCUGGACAUUUCUGCCUAUGAGAAAGAAGGACCACUUUACCUCAGCGUUUUCUUUGCACUGACUUAUGGUGUUGGCUUUGCAGCACUCACUGCCACAAUUGUACAUGUUGCACUCUUCCAUGGAAGAGAAAUAUGGGAUCAAAGCAGAUUGAGUUUUCAAGAGAAAACAAUGGAUAUACACACAAGACUAAUGAGGAGGUACAAACAGGUACCGGAAUGGUGGUUUAUAGUAAUUCUUAUAGCCAACAUUGCAGCAACUAUCUUUGCUUGCCAGUAUUACAAUGAUCAGCUUCAAUUGCCUUGGUGGGGUGUUUUAUUGGCUUGUGGAAUUGCCAUUUUCUUCACUCUUCCCAUUGGAAUCAUCACCGCCAUUACAAACCAGACACCAGGGCUAAACAUAAUCACAGAGUAUAUAAUAGGGUAUAUAUACCCAGGAUAUCCAGUUGCCAACAUGUGCUUCAAAGUGUAUGGUUAUAUUAGCAUGAACCAAGCCGUUACUUUCUUGCAAGACUUCAAGCUUGGUCACUACAUGAAAAUCCCUCCCAGGACAAUGUUCAUGGCACAGAUUGUGGGAACCUUCAUAGCUGCGAUUGUGUACUUGGGAACCGCAUGGUGGCUGAUAGAAACCAUCCCAGACAUAUGUGAAGAUUUAUCAUCAGUAUGGACAUGUCCAGGUGAUACAGUAUUCUAUGAUGCAUCAGUAAUAUGGGGUUUAAUUGGACCUCGAAGAAUCUUCGGAGACUUGGGGACAUAUGAAGCCAUCAACUGGUUCUUCCUAGGAGGAGCAAUUGCUCCAGUGCUAGUAUGGUUAGCAGCCAAGGCAUUCCCAGAGCAAGAGUGGAUUAGGCUCAUCAACAUGCCGGUUUUGAUAGGAGCCACUGGAAUGAUGCCCCCUGCCACCGCUGUAAACUACACGACUUGGAUCAUUGUUGGAUUUCUGUCUGGAUUUGUGGCUUAUAGAUAUAGGCCAGAUUGGUGGAGGAGACAUAAUUAUUUACUAUCUGGUGCUCUUGAUGCUGGACUUGCUUUCAUGGGGGUGUUAUUGUAUUUUGCAUUGGGUUUGGAAGAUGUUAGUCUUAAUUGGUGGGGUAAUAACCUUGAUGGAUGUCCUUUGGCUUCUUGUCCCACUGCCAAAGGUGUUGUCAUUGAAGGUUGCCCUGUUUACAAUUGACACAUAUGGAUUUGUCUAUAUUUACCAAAAUAUUUUUUAUCAAAUUUUUUUAUUAAAAUAAUUUA